AUGAAAAGUUCUAAAAAAUAAAUAGCUACUGCUAAUUUCAACGAGAAUGUCACACCCAUUAUUAAUAAUGAGAAGCCAAAGAAGUAUUUAUUUAUGAAUGAGACAUGUGAGAUUGGCAUUGACGAAGCUGGAAGAGGUCCAGUUCUUGGACCGAUGGUUUAUGGAUGCUGUUUUUGGCCUCUAGAUAAAAAAGAUUACUUCAAAAAGAAGUACGGCUUUACUGAUUCGAAACAAUUGAAUGAGGAAUAAAGGGAAAUGAUGUUCGAUCAGAUUAAAUCUUGUUAGUAUACUGAACUAGGAUAUUUUACUACUGUCUUGAAUGCAGAUCUCUUGUCAAAUCUCAUGCUUGCAGAAUCAAAAAGUGGAGGAAAGAAUCUAAAUACUAUUUCGCACAAUACUGCAAUCGAUCUCAUCAAUAAAGUCAAGGCGCUAGGUGUGAAUGUGACAAAGGUAAUAUUAGAUACAGUUGGACAGCCAGAGUCAUAUAAGAGACUUCUCUAAAGCAGACUCAACGAUAGCAGAAUUGAAAUUAUAGUUGAAUCAAAAGCUGAUCUCAAUCAUCCUGUUGUUUCUGCAUCAUCGAUUUGUGCAAAAGUAACUAGAGAUAGAGUAUUAGCAGAUUGGGUGUACUAAGAAUAGAAAAGAAUCGAUAAAGAUUAUGGGUGUGGAUAUCCCAGUGAUCCUAAAGCAAAAGAAUGGCUUAAAAGAAAUCUAGAUCCAGUCUUUGGAUUCCCUACCUUAGUGAGAUUUAGUUGGAAAACUUGCUACUCAAUCCUAGAAGACCAUAAAAUGGAGAUUAAUUGGAAAGAUGACCCUGAUGAAAAAGAUUAAAAAAAGCAAUAAAAACUUCAAUUCAAUUCCAAAAAGGAUGAUGGCCAUAGAAAUCAAGACUAAAAUUAGAUGAAAUCAUAGAAGCUCAGAGAUAAUAAUAAAUCGAUUAAAAACUUAGGAAUAAAAAGAGAGAUAUCUUUUUGA